UUUAUAAAGUUAGACGUUAUCGCGGUCUUCUAUAAGAUCCGCGUCGCACUAGGCGAUGAGUGGAAGACGGCCUUCCGAAUAAGAGAGCACCUAGAUGACUUCUACUCAGCCUAUCUAGACGACGUGCUAAUCUAUACUGACGGCGAUCUGCGCUAGCAUUGAGAGUAUGUUUGAAGGGUACUUAGUGGAUAUUAAGAAGUGCGAGUUUAAAGUUAAGAUAACUAAGUACCUUGGGUUUAUUAUUGAAGCGGGUAAGAGGAUAAGUAUAGAUCUAGCUAAGGUAGCUGUAAUCCGCGAGUGGGAGGCGCUAAGGAUAGUAAAGGGAGUAAGAUCGUUCCUAGGAUUCGCGAACUUCUACUGAAGGUUUAUUAAGAACUUUGGAGCUGAAGAGCAGUCGGCCUUUAAGAAGCUAAAGGAGAUCUUUGUCACAGAGCCAACGCUGGCGGCGUUUAACCUGGAUUAGGAGAUAGUACUCGAGUGCGAUUUGAGUGGCUACGCGGUAGGCGGAGUGCUAUUGUAGUACGGCGACGAUGGAGUCUUACGACUAUGCGCAUUCUUCUUGCGGAAGAAUAACGCGCACGAGUGUAACUAUGAGAUCUACGACAAGGAGUUACUCGCAGUAGUACGAUGCCUUGAAGAAUAGGACUCCGAACUACGUUUAGUUGAGAAGUUUAAGGUGAUUAUAGAUUAUAAGAACCUAGAGUACUUUAUAAAACCCCGUAUGCUAAACGAGUGUUAGAUAAGAUAGUCGCUCCUACUUAGUAGGUAUAACCUAGA